AUGGACAGCGGCUGGACGCUGAUAUUAAACUUAAUCAUUAAGGAUUAUUUGCAGAACAGCACGAUUUGUGUGCUUUGGCAGGAGAAUUACGAGUUUCAGCCGCAACACACGGCUGGGUACUACUCCAGCCUUGUAUCGAUCAAUAUUGACCGAUUGGCAGGCAGCUUCGAGCGGAAUGUGAUCGACGCAGAAGUCAAGAGACAGCAGCUCAAGGAACUCGGACUUAACUAUGAGGAUUUGGUGCUCAAGCUGACGCUAUCCAUUGAAAGCUCACACUGCGAGAGUUUUCUGAUCUUCGGGCAGCUUAUGGCCCGCUUCGUGGCCGCCUUCGCACAGGCUUCUAUGUACUCUAUCUGGCGCUCGUUACACAACAAAUUUGUGUUCGCCCAUGUGGCACAGGAGCUGGAUGAGGCAACUUGUUGUCGCAGCUACUUUUUUCAGGACCAGCCCAACAUACUGUUUGUGCUGCGAGGUCAUGCGAAUGCCACAGACUUUGAGCUGAAAACAAACAAAUAUGUGGGACCCAGAGCGGGGAGGCCAGAGCAACUCAUCCUGCUAGAUCGCUAUGAUGCCCGGUUGAAGCGGUUCCAGCUUAAUGCUUCUCUGUUUCCGGAUAAACUAAGCGAUUUGCAAGGACGCGAACUGAUCGUUGCCGGCUUUGACUACAGGCCCUACACAGUCAUCAAAUAUAACAGUCAGAGCAAUGCGCGAGAUUUGGCAGUUGCCGAGAAUUCGAGCUUGUCCAGAGUCCACAUCGAUGGCACUGAGACCCAGGUGGUGCUCAGCUUCUGUGCCCAAUUCAAUUGCACGGUGCAGAUCGACACGUCUGACGCCGAUGACUGGGGCAACAUCUAUCCGAAUAUGUCGGGCGACGGCGCCUUGGGCAUGAUUAUCGGGCAUAAGUCGGACAUAUGCAUUGGCGCGAUGUACUCGUGGUACGAUGACUACACCUAUCUGGACCUGUCCAUGUAUCUGGUGCGCUCGGGCAUUACGUGCCUGGUGCCAGCGCCAAUGCGUCUCGCCAGCUGGUAUCUGCCCUUGCAGCCCUUUCAGGCCACCCUCUGGGCCGCUGUGCUGUUCUGCCUGAGCAUCGAGACGUUCGGCCUGGUGCUGGCGCACAGAAGCGAGCAGCAGCUGUUCGCUGCGACUGCCGCCAGAGGUGGCUGGUGGCGCAGCACAAAGUUCGGCCUGGUUACGACCUUCAAGCUCUUCAUCUCGCAGGCGGGCAACAGCAACGUGCGUUCUGUAACGGUGCGCGUGCUGCUCUUCGCCUGCUUCCUCAACGACAUCAUCAUUACGAGCAUCUACGGCGGCGGUCUGGCCAGCAUACUGACCAUACCCAGCCUGGACGAGGCAGCGGACACAAUGCAACGCAUGCGUGCCCAGCGGCUGCAGUGGGCAGCCAACUCAGAGGCGUGGGUGUCAUCGAUUCGUGGCACUGAUGAUCCACUGAUGAACGAGCUGCUGGACAACUUUGUCAUCUACAGCGACGAUCAAUUAAUGGAGCUUGCGCAGGGCAAGCACAUGGGAUUCCCCGUGGAGCGCUUGCCCUUUGGUCACUUCGCCAUUGGCGACUAUCUAACGGAGCAGGCCAUUGAGCACAUGGUGAUCAUGCAGGAGGAUCUCUACUAUCAGUAUACGGUGGCCUUUGUGCCGCGACUCUGGCCGCUGCUGGAGCGCUUCAAUGAACUGGUCUAUCGCUGGCACUCGUCCGGCUUCGACAAGUACUGGGAGUACCGAGUUGUGGCCGAUAAUCUCAACCUGAAGAUCCAGCAACUGGUCGAGAGCACAAUGCUAGGCGGCGGCCAAGACGACAUAGACACUGAGCCGGUCAUGCUGGGCAUGUCCAACUUCGUUGGCAUCUUGCUUGUCUGGGUAUUGGGCAUCAGCAUGGCUCUCAUAACAUUCUUUUUCGAAAUGCUGACAGACAAGUACGCGGCGUAGAAUGGCGCCGCGUAGCACACAUAACAGCUGCUGUUGCAAAAUCUGUUUGCGCAACAUUUUGCAAUCAGCGGCAUCAGAAGAUUUCACUCUAUGUAGCGCAGCACAGAUACGAAAGGUACUCUAUCGCCGGGCUGAUCU